GAGUGAGAAGUCUUCAGACACUCGUCUCCUAGAGCCUGGAUAAGACCUACAUACGGGUUGUGCAGUAGUGGUUGUGUUAACUUUCUAGGGCGUUGGUUCUACGGGUUCUCUUGGCGUUUGCAGUGGACCUAUAUACGGGCUGUGCAGUGGAGGUUGUGUUUAAAAUUCUCUUCGGUGAUUCAGUAUACCGGAUAUGUUGGCAUCCCUAACGAUGAGGCUGUGGGUGAUAUUGGCAAGCCUGAGCCUAGUAUGGGUCACAAUGGCCGAUUCUGUGAAUACUAUUUCUCCUGAAGCUCGCUCCAGCCCUCCGACCCUCUGGAUACUCGAACUACGAAAAGUGUCCCGCGAGACAACACCAAACGACCCCACAUCCCGAGACCACGACGUCAAAAUCGUGCUGGACGAACACAUCCUCAUCGUGGGCGUGACUCGCUGGACACUCACGUUCCUCAUGGGCGGACAGCAGUUCACGAGUUCCUUAGACGCCGUCACGGAGACCGACGGCAUCCAGAGGGAGUUCGUUUUCAAGACGGAGCUCGUGGAAGGCGCCACCGCGGUCCUGCUGACGGCGAAGGGAAGGAGCGGCAGCGUGUUGGCGACGGGGACAGCCUACGUGCAGAUUCCGAACUUGGACUCCAACGUGGCUUGGGUAGGGGAGGAAUACCACCUCUCCACCCCCUCCUCACUGCGAGUCGACCCUGGCACCCUGUCGGAGGUGUGGGUCGCCAAUCGAGUGUGCAGAAGAGAGAAGGCCCCCUGUUACUUCCUGCAGAAGGAGCUGCCGGAGAUUGUUUCUCGGUGUCUGACUCUCUCCGACUCUCUCACCAACGCGCCGCUUAUCCUGUGUGACGAUACCGUGCUUCCCUUUCACGAACUGUACCAGACACCGAGCCUCUACAUCUCCGACGACCACCUGCUGGAAGUGAGCAUGAUUCUGCCGCAGGGUGUGGUCCUGGAGGGAAGGGAGGUCGUCGCCUACGACCCUGAAGACCCCAGCGUCGUCUUCUCCCCUGAAGGCUUCAGGUGUAAUCCUUCAGCAGGAGUGGGAGACCGAGGGGAACGCACGUGCACCCAGCGACUCGAGAUGACCGAGGCUAAGGACGCAGUGUCGGUGUUGGUGGUGUUGGUGUAUCCCGACGGAGGACGCCUGGAGUCGAAGCUCCUUACGUACAGAGGUCAGGAACCUCGGGCGUCGCAAACGGGCGUGAUCGUGGGUUCGGUCGUGGGCGGGCUGGUGGGCGUGGUCCUUAUCGCUGUUGCCGUCUUCUUGCUGUUAAGAUGGAGGAAAACCAAAGGAAAGAAGGAAUCAUCGAGGAGUUCGUCGCAAUACGCUGCCACGCCGACCUCUGACCCCGCUGUGGCGUAGGUCAUCUCGUCGAGGUUUUGCAACUUGCGUGAAACUAGAUUUUCAUUUUUAUUUUUGUUUUUGAUUCUUCUUGUGGAAUUCAGGGUACCGCUGGUAUAUAGCUGUUAGAUGAAGUUUAAUUGUACGGAUGUUUAAGAGAAGAACAGGCAUGUGUAUAUAUAUAUCAUUUGUAUGUGUAUAUAUAUAUUUGGAUGUGUAUAUAUAUAUCAUUUUCCAAACUUUUAAUAAAAGUUAGUGUGUUUUCCAUUAAUAAUUCUUGAAAGUUAUUUGCGUCUCAUGUCUUCAUAUUAUUUUGCCUCUGUGUGGUAGCUGAGAUAUGAUUAAUACAUUUAUAGACUUAAAUCCGUUAAUUCAUCUUACAGGUUUUGCUCGGUACUUUAGGCUUCAGUCACACACACACACACACACACACACACACACACACACACACACACACACACACACACACACACACACACAUACGCACACGCACACGCACACGCACACGCACGCACACACACACACACACACACACACACGCUUAUAUAAUGCUUCUAUGAUAGAUGAAUACUUAACUUAAUAAAUCAUUGAAUAGACGUAUUGUCGAGCAACUGCAGAACGCCUUUCGACACGCAUAUUGUCGUGUAACGUCUUGUUCACCUUGCCUACUCUCUUAGACCCUGAUAAAUGCUGACAUCAAAGAGGCAACUGAUACUUUCUUAAGAAUCUCGGCUUUUAACCACCUCAGCCAAGGCAGCGGUUAUUUCAAGUAGAUAUAUGGCAUUCGUGGUCAUCUUAAAACAAUGAUUUGCUAUUGAUUACCAUUGCUAAUUCAGAUAUGUUAGAUUUUUUUUUUUUUAAGUAACAUUUAAAAUCACUGAUUAUUACAAUUUUUAUUUAUACUUCGCGUUGAAGAUCUGUAGGGGAUAUUAUUAUUGCUGUUAUAAUUAAACGAAGAUCACGUAUUUUACUCAAUGAAAACGAUUUUCACUUGCUCUUUAAAAACUUUAUUAACAGUGAUUCCUCAAAUAAUAUCGUUAUUGCUACGAUUCUGCUUAAUAUUACCUUUAUUAGUUCUCAUUAUUAAUAUUACUGUAAUGUUUCAUUUCAUAAUUUUAAAUCACUUUCUUUUCAUCAUCACGAUACAUAUAUUGAUAUUAGACUGAUGACAUGCUAUAAUGAGCAAAGAAUCAAAAUGGUGUUAGUAUUAAAAAUAUAAUUUCUGCCGUAGGAUGUUAUAAUUACAUUGCCGAAAAAUUUUAUAAUAUUACUUUCACGUACGUAUAUAUAGAAACAUAAAUACUGUUCAUUCCAUAUACAUUGAUCACAUACUGAUUCAAAAACAAGAAAAAAAAUAUAAUCUGCUAUA